AUGAGUAACAAAGGAAGUAAUUCCAGUAAAAAUAUUGGGAUAUGGAUAUCGGAAAAGAAGAGUCAUAAACUCAACUGGAAGGAACUCAUUAAAGCCUGCAACUCACGCGGUUAUAAUCUAAUUAAGCUUGAUUUAGAGAGGCCUUUGGAGGAUCAGGCUGAGUGUCAUGUCUUCCUUCAUAAGUUGACAGAUAUUAUUGCAGCAGCUGAUCAAGGUGAUUCAAAGGCUUCUUGUAUCAUUGGCAAUGUGGAACAAUACCUGUCAAAUCAUCCAAAUAUCACUGUAAUUGAUCAAUUAGAAAAUGUAAGAAUCUUGCUUAACAGGUAUUGUUAUUACUCUAUAUUACAAGAAGAAACUUUAUUCCAAAGCCAAGGAAUAUACACACCAACUUUUGCAGAGUUCACUACAUGCAACAUUGAACAAAAUAUAGAGAUCAUGAGACGAAGAGGUGUUACUUUCCCAGUCAUAUGUAAACCUACAAUAGCCCAUGGUUCUAAGUCUGCCCAUGAAAUGAUUCUAAUAUUUAAUGAAAAAGGCUUGAAUGUUUGUAGACCUCCCUGUGUUGUUCAAAGUUUUGUUAAUCACAAUGCAGUACUACAUAAAGUAUUUCUAAUUGGUAAUAGGUAUCACAUUUGUGAGCGGCCCAGCCUUAAAAAUUUUUAUUCAUCUGAAGACUUAGAUCCUAUAUUCUAUAGUACUGGAGAAGUUUGUAAAGCUGAUAGCCAGUCCACUCUAUCUAUUUUAGAUCCACAUGACAAGGCAGAUAUCAAAAUGACUCUUGAUGAGAACAAAAUAAAGUCUAUCAUAAGAGUGUUACGAAAAAAAAUUGGCUUACUGCUAGCAGGAUUUGAUGUAGUUAUAGAUAACAAUACUGGCAAUCAUGCUGUUAUAGAUAUUAAUGUCUUUCCAAGCUACGAUAACUUCCCAAAUUUUUUUGAUCACCUAUUGGACUGUAUUGAUGAGUAUGUAAAUAACACGUCCAAUGGAUAUAGUUGCAAUAACAAAGGUAGUUCAGAAGUAGAUUACUUUUGUAACCACAGGCCCAAUGGUUUGAUUAAUGUUGGGUUAGACCCACUCGGUGUAAUUGGUAUGAAUAUUAAUUGA